ACGUCCAGUGCCAUCACACAGGCCUAUUUCCUUGAAGUCAAGCCACAUUUGACAUUUAAACUAACCUAAGGUGGGACCCUUCCACUCGCUUUACCAUAUUUUCCAUGUGAAUAUUUCCCUUGAAUGAAAUAUACAAAUGAUUUAGUGAGAAUCGCCUCAGAAUUGUUGUGCGCUUUUUGGGCCGCAAAGAGAGUUUUUUUUAAAGCAUGUGCAGCCAGGAAGUGUAUGCUGUUCUACUUUUAGAGUGCUAUAAACCACAAGUGCUGAAGAAUUGUGGCUUGUUGUGCUAAACAGCACCUCAGCCUCAGUGGUCUUCAUGCAUGCUUGUGUAUUGUUCUUCUUGUUCAGAAGAAGGUUGAACGAUGGUUCAUGUUGCAUAAUGAGCUCAACCUGCCAGGGAGCUUUUUCUGGUCUUUUUCUGAUCACAGAAGAUGUUUGCUAUUUUAAAUUUUGCAUGUGAAUGUAUGAGGAGACAGUGACUGGUUGAUCUUUAAGUUCUGCUAAAAAGUCUCUCAGAUGACUAAAACGUGAUGCUCUCAGUAUCAUUAUGGGAGAUAUUAAAGAUCCUGGAUUCAUAAUUCUAAUCAGCGUCUAUGGUGUUACCGUUUUCUUCAUGGCUGUACUUGGGUUCCUCUGCUUUCACAAAUAUCGGUCAUUGAAGAAGACCAUAAGGGACCUGAAGCAGGGGAGGCCGACUGUGAUCCCUCGAGCAGCUUCUCAUGAUUCUUCACCUCCGUCCCCAAAUGUCCUGACUCUUCCAGAGGCACCAGAGCCAAUCGCAGAGAGCCCGUUACAAAGACAACAAACCAAAUCCAGCUGCAAGUUUCCUUGGAAGACUUCACAACAGGUUCCACGGUUCACAAAAGAAGACCUGAACCUUAUUCAGCUUAUAAAAGCUGGCAGAGAAGGAGUUUUUUACAAAGCAAGGAUAAUAAGAGGCACUUGCAGAGGCCACUCGCUGAUUACGUGCAAAAUUGGAAAAGAAGGUAUGACGUCUAAACAGAUGGAACAUGAGGCGUCUAUUAUGAGAAAGCUGGCGUAUCAUAAAAAUGUGAUGCAGCUGCUGGACUGGAAUACGGCGGAGGAGCCGUAUUUGCUGAUCAUGGAGUUCAUGAGCUACGGGACUCUUCGCACAUUUGUUCAGAAACACAAAGAUGAACUAAGUGCAGACCCAGAAUUGCAACGCCAUUUCACGAUUGCGUCCUACCACAUCGCCAUGGGCAUGGAGCACUUACGCUCCAAAAUGGUGGUGCACUGUGACCUUGCAUUAAGGAACAUUUUGGUGGGUCGGUUUCCAUGGGAGACGAAGGUGGCUGAGUUCGGCUUGGCCAGAGACUUGACCCGCAUGAGGAGCAGACGCAGCAGCAGGAAAAAACAACACAAGGAGCGUGUGCCCCUGCGCUGGUACCCUCCAGAAUACUUCCGGAGCAACUACUACAGCUUUAAAGGAGACGUCUGGGCUUAUGGUAUUGUGCUGUGGGAAAUGCAGAUGUUCGGCACCUUGCCAUACUCAAACUUAAGCACGUCUGAGGAAGUGGUGUACAAUAUCUGUGCUGGACUAAAGAACCCAAUCCCCAGAACCUGCCGUCCUGAAAUGGAACAGAUCAUACGGGACUGCUGGUCGGAUCCAUACACAUCUAGACCUUCAUUUACAGACAUUGUCAAGAUCCUGGAGAAUAUCGUGGAGAGCGAUGGGGAUUACGUGCACAUCGACAACCAAAUGAUCUUGAAUGCAGAAGGGAUUAAUUAAGCAAAACAACACAUCGUUCUGAACAUCAAAAAUCUCAUUCUUUGUAUGCAGGCAUACUUUUUGUUUAACAAUGUUUGCAGUUAAGAAUUUAAUUGUAUGUAACGCUAACAGCCAAAAGGCAGUAUUAUUGACGCGAGUCAUUUUAUAAAAAAUUUCUUCUAAAUAAAGUCAGUGUUUUAUUGUGA